AACCAAUGUGCCCCACCGAGUUACCUGGUGAACGUUGGUCACAGUUAACAAUAGAUGUUUGCGGUCCCUUUCCAACAGGCGAGUAUGUAGUCGUUGUCACAGAUUACUACUCCAGGUGGUCUGAAGCGAAGAUCUUAAAAACCGUUACAUCAGCUAAUAUCCUAAAGUGGCUAAACGAAGUAUUUGCGCAACAUGGAUAUCCACACGUUCUCAAGUCCGACAAUGCAUCAUACUUCACGUCAGAAGAGUUUAAGUCGACACUCAACUCCUGGAGGAUACAAUUACGAACAGUAACUGAAUAUUGGCACCAAGCCAAUGGACAAGUCGAAAAGUUUAACGAA